UCUCCCUCUCUAGUUGAGCUGUUCCACACUGUAUCCGCUGGGCCCCACUCUCUCUUUCUCUCUCUAAAAGUCUCUCUUUACAUUUCUGAUUUCUGAUUUCUUCUUCCAAUUUGCUUCUUUCUAUAUGAAAUCUAUAAAUAACGCCCAACUUUCUCUCUCCUCUCUCAAGUCUCAACUCAAAGUCUCCUCUCCUCCAUACACGCUCAGACUCCUCUCAUCUCUUCCUUCUCUGAUAUAAAAUCAAUUCAUCUAUAUCUACAUAUAUAAAUUAAAAUUUUUUUUUGAAAAUAAAGAAGGAAAAAAAAUGCCUGCUUGGUGGGGGAGAAAGUCGAGCAAGCACAAGGAGGAAAAUCAAGUACAGCCAAAUUCACCGUCGAACAAUCACCAUCACGGAUUCUUUAAUUCUCCGGCGAGGACCGCCGACAAGAGGAAAGGUAAGGAGAAGACCAAGAGCUUCGACGGGGUUUUGACUCGCGGUUCGCCUAGGCGGAGCAGGGAAUUCUCCGCCGGCGGCGGCGGAGGUGGAGGAGGAGGACCGUCGUCGGCCUUCUCUGGAUUCGAUUCCGACGGGUGUCGGGGCCUACCGCUGCCAAGGCCGUCGGUGUCGUCGACACCGGGGUUGGGAAACGAUCAUGGCGUCGGAUUGGGAUCUGGCUCGGCGUCGGUGUCCAGCGUCAGCUCCUCGGGGUCGUCCGAGGAUCACGCGAAUGUUCAUGAGAAUGGCCAAUUCGGUGCUUUCAGAGGGCAUGCUGAUGCCAAGUUUAAGACAAGGCCAAGAAGCCCAGGUCCAGGGUCUACCAGCCCCACAUCACCUCUCCAUCCAAUGUUGUCUGGCAUGAGUAUGGAGUCUCCAACAGGAAGGCAAGAAGAUGCAAAAAGUCAAUGUCACCGUCUCCCGCUUCCACCGGGUUCGCCUACAAGCCCUUCUGCCUUGCCCAGCAUUAGAACUAGUGGAGUCCCUGAAGUUACAACUUACACACUCUCAAAAUGGAAGAAGGGAAGGCUUUUAGGAAGGGGAAGUUUUGGUCAUGUUUAUACUGGAUUUAACAGUGAAGGUGGACAAAUGUGUGCAAUAAAAGAAGUCAGGCUUGUUUCCGAUGAUCAUACAUCUAAAGAAAGUUUAAAACAAUUGAACCAGGAAAUAAAUUUGCUUAGCCAGCUCUCACAUCCAAACAUAGUGCGAUACUAUGGAAGUGAAUUGAUUGAUGAUACACUCUCGGUUUAUUUGGAAUAUGUGUCUGGUGGCUCAAUCCACAAAUUACUUCAAGAAUAUGGCUCCUUUAAGGAACCUGUCAUACAAAACUACACCAGGCAAAUUGUUUCUGGGCUUGCUUACUUACAUGGGAGAAACACGGUACAUAGGGACAUCAAAGGGGCAAACAUUUUAGUGGAAACUACUGGUGAAAUCAAGUUGGCAGACUUCGGCAUGGCUAAACAUAUUACAAAUUGCUCGUCGAUGCUCUCUUUCAAGGGAAGUCCGUACUGGAUGGCCCCUGAGGUUGUGAUGAAUACAAAUGGCUACAGUCUUGCAGUGGAUAUAUGGAGCUUAGGGUGUACUGUUCUUGAAAUGGCAACAUCAAAACCUCCUUGGAGCCAAUAUGAAGGGGUGGCUGCAAUAUUUAAAAUUGGCAACAGCAAAGAUAUGCCAGAAAUCCCUGAUCAUCUUUCAAAUGAUGCAAAGAGUUUCGUGAGACAAUGCUUGCAACGAGACCCGUCUGCACGUCCAACAGCCUCCCAGCUACUAGAACAUCCUUUUAUUCGAGAGCAAACAAUCACAAGAACAGCUAAUACCACCAUAAUGAAGGAUGCUUUUCCCUUUGCCUUUGAUGGUAGCAGGACACCGCCAGUUCUCGAGUCUGUGGUCGCACCUUCUAGUGGCACAAGGAGCCCCAGAGACAACGCAAGAACAAUAGCAUCCUUGCCCGUAUCGCCUUGUUCUAGUCCAUUACGGCAAUAUGGAGCCACACACCGGAACUUCUUUCUUUCUCCGCCUCACCCAACCUUUGCUAUGAUGGGGCAAAAUGGUUACAAUAUGAAUGCUUACUCUUCCUAUCCACUACGAUCAAAUGUGUUAUACACUCUCGAUCCGUUACGCGAAGUACCUCUGCUUAAAGCCCAAACACCUGGUGGAUCCCCAAGGACAAGACCCAUUUGAGUUCGUAUAUGUCCCCACAAACCGGGGGUUUUCGCCGCCCGGAAAGCCUCAAUGAACUGGAACCACUUGUCCAGAAGUUGAUUUUGAUCUUGGAAGCUAUAUCUUAGCUUACCCCUUUUGUAGGAAUGAGUGUUUGGGAAUGUUGAAAGGGGACAUAAGGGUCACUCACAACCCUAAAAUAUGGCUCUGAGAGAGAGAGAGGGUGGAUUUUCUUGAUCAUGUAACAGCAGUAGCUUCUUGAUCUUGAUUAUUGUAAAUGGAAGGUGAUAAAUGUCUGAAACAACUAUGUUGUACAUCACUUAAAUGGCAAAAGGUCAUUUCUUAUACCAAACCAGUUUAUUGUAAAGAUGACAUUUUCUACUUUGAUUUCAAUUAGUUAUUUUCCUCCAA